AUGACAUUUUUUGACCCUAACAGUUUUCCUCCAACAGAACUCAACGAAGUUUACUUUCUUCGGGAGGAAAUAACUGAAUCAGCCGCGCUUUUGAUCGGAAUGACAGUGAUAUGGUUUCUUGUUGAGGUUAUGGAGUACAAUUUCGUGGGUCUCCUCUGUCAUAUUUCCAUUUCCUUAAUACUUAUAAUUUACAUAAGGAUUUGGCUUAUUACAAGUUUCUACUGGGAUCCCCUCAACAUUCUCGGAAUAACUUACUUUGAAGCCAGAUUUAGAGAAUUAAUUGCUCACAUUUUCUGCUCAAGAUUUGAUUUCGUCUUAGGAAACUUUCUCAGAAUCGCAUAUGGGCAAAAUCCAACACUCUUGAUUCUGGUUUUCUCUGCAUCGAAACAUUGUAUUUUCUGGGCAAGCGAUACUGGAAACAACAACCUCAACCCGAAUUAAUUGCUGAGUAAAUUAAC